AUGGAGGGGGAGGACUCGCACGCCAUGUCCGACGCCUCGCCGACCUCGCCGUGGGAGGAAGGCGUCGUCGAGCACUUCGACGUAGCGUCGCCCAGCAGCGAGCGGUACAUCGUCGACGAUGAGGAAAUGUCGGACGUGGAGUUGCCCGCGGAUUCGCCGGUGGCCCCUCCGGAGGCAUCCACCCAGCCUUCUCCACCUCUGCGGAAACGCCUGGCUCCGUCCGUGCCGUCGGACGUCCCGGAGGCGGUGAUCCGGGCGGUGGACGCGGUGAUCAUGGGCGGCGGGGUCGAGCGCCUCCGCGAGAUGGCCACCGAGGAGAACGGCGAGGUCUCGCAUUUCAUCGUGGACGUGCUGAUGAUCACGAUGGGCGGCGUGGACGGCCUCGACGAGGGCAGCAGCAGGGCACCCACCAUUAUGUUCAGCUCGCGCGCGGCGGCCAUCGCCGCCGAACUCGUACCCUACCUUCCAUGUGGCGUCGAGCCGUCGCCGCGUACUCGGAUGGCACGUGGCCUCCUCGCCACCCUCAGCGCCUGCACCCGCAACCGCACCAUGUGCUCCGCCUCAGGCCUUCUCGCUAUCCUCCUCGGCACCGCAGAGAAGCUGUUCGUAGGAAUGGGCCAGAGCAGGGAUUGGGACGGGACACCUCUAGUGCAGUGCAUUCAGGUCCUCGGGGGGCACUCGGUUAGUGUCAAGGACUUGCAUUCCUGGCUCCUCUUGGUCAAGAAGGCGCUUGGGACACGCUGGGCAACGCCGCUGACGCUUGCAUUGGAGAAGGCUGUUGGCUGCAACGAGGCCAAGGGCCCUGCGACGACGUUUGAGUUCGACGGCGAGAGCUCUGCAUCAACGUCUGGGAGAUCAUCGGCAUGGUCAGCGGCUGCCGCUGCUUGCACACUUGCUGGAGAAGGGAUGAAGCCCCGGCUUUUCAGUUUCCUCACUGCUGACAACGAUGGUGUGGAGGCCUAUUUCCAUGGCCAGUUUCUAGUCGUGGAGAGUGGGGCUGGAAAGGGAAAGAAGCAUUUCACCUAUGAGUUCAACCCAAAGUGCUGGUACUUUGUUGGUCUGGAGUACACAAGCAAGCAGGGUUUGCUCGGAAAGGUCGACAGUGAACUGCGGUUGUAUGUGGAUGGCAAGCUUCAUGAGAGCUGUCCAUUUGAGUUCCCACGUAUCUUGAAACCCCUGUCCUUCUGCUGCAUUGGGACGAACCCGCCACCAAGUAUUGCUGACCUGGAGCACAGCUGCCGCCAGUGCCCAUUGUUUGCCGAAAUGGGGCCUAUCUAUAUUUUCGUGGAGCCGAUUGGGCCAGAAAGAAUGAUUCGGCUAGCUUCCAGGGGAGGAGAUGCACUUCCCAGCUUCAGCAAUGGCGCCGGUUUGCCUUGGAAAGCUAGCUGUGACCACAUUAGGGAAUUAUCAGAAGAUAGUUAUGCACUUGACAUUGAGACUGGAGGAAGCUUACAUCUUCUUUAUCACCCCAAUCUACUUAAUGGUCGAUCUUGCCCCGAUGCUUCUCCGUCUGGUACUCACCGAAGGCAUGCAGAAGUUGUUGGGAUGGUUCACGUAUCUUCUCGUGUGCGACCUGCAGAAUCUUUAUGGGCAUUAGCUCGUGGAGGUCCAAUGGCUUUACUACCAUUAACUGUGAGCAAUGUCGAGAUGGAUAACCUGGAACCUAUACUUGGUGAUUUGUCACUGUCUCUUGCCACUUCUUCUCUUUGUGUUCCUAUUUUCAGGAUAAUUUCCCUGGCAAUUCAACAUCCUGGAAAUAAGGAAGAAUUAUGCCGUACCCAUGGACCAGAGCUUCUAUCACAAGUUUUACAUUAUUUAUUGGAAACACUGUCAAAACUGGAAAGUGGGAAGAAAGAGAUACUAAAUGACGAGGAGCUUGUUGCUGCGAUUGUAUCUUUGUGUCAGUCUCAAAGAAAUGAUCCUGGUCUAAAAGUGCAGCUCUUUAGCACUUUGCUGCUGGACCUCAAGAUGUGGAGCUCAUGCAACUUCGUUCUGCAGAAAAAGCUUCUCUCUUCUCUCGCAGACAUGGUUUUUGCAGAAGCUGCUUGCAUGUAUGAAGCAAAUGCGUUGCAGAUGCUUCUUGAUGGAUGCAGAAGGUGUUACUGGGUAACUCGUGAAAGAGAUUCAAUAGAUAAUUUCACAUUUACAGAAACUGAAAGACCUCUAGGGAAAGUGAAUGCUCUUGUUGAUGAGCUUUUAGUCGUUAUUGAACUGUUGAUAGGAGCGGCUUCUUCCACAAUGGCUUCUGAUGAUGUCCGUCGUUUGGUAGGAUUUGUUGUUGACUGCCCACAACCUAACCAGGUAACUGGACUCAGACGAUGUUUAUACAUGGAAAUACUUUGUCAAAUUGUUGCUAGGGUCUUGCUCCUCAUCUACAGAUUGAUUGUGCACCCGAAUAGUACUAGAGCACAGAUGUUUGCUCAGUCAUUUAUUUCCCGUGGAGGUGUAGAGGCGUUACUUGUUCUUCUGCAGAGGGAGGCUAAAUCUGGCGGUAACAAUAUUUUCAACAGUUGCAAUGUGCCACAAAAUGCUGCUGUGUGGAAUGGAGGUUCUCACUCAAAAUCUAGUAACAGUGAUUCAGUCUUGAAACCAGCCAGUAGUGAAGCAAACUAUAAUCAUGAGAUCCAGUCAGUUGACCGUGAUGAACCACCCUCUCAUGAACCCAAUACUGGCCUUGAUGAAUCCACUAGCAAAUGGUGCUUACUAAAAGAUCAGUUCAUAAAGAAUUUGGGUGGCACGGACUUCCCAAAUAUCACUGACAAUGUUCAGAAUAAUGUAUACAAUAUUGAUAAUGGUGAUGGAGUACUUGUUGGGAUAGUUCAUGUUUUGGGCGCUUUACUUGCCUCAGGUCACUUGAAGCUUGCCUCACCUAUUGCAAAACCAAAGUUGCCAAGCAGUUUUCUGACAACCACUAGUGGUGAAGGAAAUUCCAUGUUUGAAGACAGAGUAUGUUUAUUGCUCUUUGCAUUGCAGAAAGCUUUCCAAGCAGCUCCAAGAAGGCUCAUGACCAGAAAUGUAUAUAGAUCUUUAAUGUCUGCAGUGAUUAAUAUUUCUUCAGGAAAUGAUAAUGUAAACUUUCAUGAUUCGGGUUAUCGCUUUGAACAUAUUCCGCUCUUGUUAGUUCUACUUCGUUCUCUUCCAUAUGCAUCACGAGCAUUCCAAGCUCGUGCUAUUCAGGAUCUUCUAUUUCUGGUUUGCAGUCACCCCGAGAAUAGAAGUACUAUGACUUCCAUUGCGGAAUGGCCUGAAUGGAUUUUGGAGGUUAUGAUUUCUAAUCAUGAGAUGGGUGAUAACAAAGAUUCAGAUGGUGUAAGCAUAUAUGAACUUGAAGAUGUCAUACACAAGUUUCUAAUUAUUAUGCUGGAGCAUUCAGUGCAGCAAAAAGAUGGAUGGAAGGAUGUUGAGGCAACAAUACACUGUGCAGAAUGGCUUUCGAUGGUUGGGGGAUCUAGCACGGGGGAACAAAGAAUUAGACGUGAAGAAUCAAUACCAAUUUUCAAAAGGAGAUUACUGGGUAGUCUGCUUGACUUUUCUGCUCAGGAGCUUCGAGUUCAGUCUGAAGAAGGAACUACUGUCGCAGCAUCUGGUGUUGCAGCAGAGGUACCUAGAGAAGCAAAAAUGCAAGCAGAAAAAGCUGCCCAUCUCUCUGUAGUCUUGGCUGAGAAUGCAAUAGUUCUGAUGAUGCUUGUAGAAGAUCAUCUGAGGUCACGCAGUCAGCACUUCUUUACAUCCUGCUUAAUUGACAGUUCUGUAUCUCCUGCAUCAAUGGCUUCCAGUAGGUCAUUGAGCAGGACUGGUAGCGAGCCUUUAGAAGCUGGGGGAUCAAGGCAGUCUUUGUCCAGUGAUGCUGGUGGACUGCCGGUUGAUGUUCUUGCUUCUAUGUCUGAUGCAAAUGGGCAAAUUUCUGCUGAGGUGAUGGAACGCGUAACGGCAGCAGCAGCAGCUGAGCCUUAUGGAUCUGUCAGACAUGCAUUUGUAUCCUAUGGGAGCUGUAUUUCAGAUCUUUCUGAAGGUUGGAAGUACAGAAGCCGAUUGUGGUAUGGUGUAUGUAUUCCAUCCAAAUCUAAUAUCUUUGGGGGAGGAGGAAGUGGUUGGCAAGCUUGGAAAUCUGUUGUAGAGAAGGACUCCAGUGGGAACUGGAUUGAACUUCCAUUAGUGAAGAAAUCAGUUGCAAUGCUGCAGACACUUCUACUAGAUUCUGGAUUUGGGGAUGGCCUGGGCUCUGGAGGGGUAUCUGGCGCUGGCAUGGAUGUUAUGAGUGCACUUAAUCAGUUGUUAGAUAGUGAUCAACCAUUUUUUUGCAUGCUCCGAUUGACUCUUAUUUCGAUGAGAGAGGGUGAAAAUGAGGAAGACAACCUCUUUAUGAGGAACAUUAGCAUGAAGAAUGAUAUAUCAGAAGGAUUGGGCUCUCAAUCUGGAAGCGUGAUUGCGCUUGAUGGUAACUCUUGCUCUUCUGCCAGAAAACCCGAGUCUGCACUUCUAUGGAGAGUGCUUGGCCCCGUUCUGAAUAUGCCAGUUUCUGAAUCUAAGAGACAGAGGGUUCUGGUUGCAUCUUCUGUUCUUUAUUCUGAGGUAUGGCAAGCUGUAAGUAGUGACAGAAAACCAUUAAGGAAGAAGUAUCUCGAAUUGAUCAUGCCACCAUUUGCAGCUGUCCUGAAAAGAUAUCGCUCAGUUUUGGCUGGUAUUCACGAGCUUACAUCUUCAGAUGGACAAAAUCCACUAGUUGUUGAUGAUUCCCCUUAUGCUGCAGAUGCUUUGCCCAUUGAGGCCGCGGUUUCAAUGAUAUCACCUGGGUGGGCUGCUGCUUUUGCUUCUCCUCCAGUUGCAAUGGCAUUGGCUAUUAUUGCUGCUGGUGCCUCUGGGGCGGAAACAAUCGCACCACCCACGAAUAAGUUGCGCAGGCGUGACACCUCAUUGCUUGAGCGUAGAUCAGCUAAAUUACACACCUUCUCAAGUUUCCAGAGGCCUCUCGAUACAACACCAACCAUGUCUUCAUCUGCACCGAAGGACAAAGCAUCUGCGAAAGCUGCAGCCUUGGCCGCUGCUCGUGACCUUGAGCGUACCUCUAAGAUUGGCUCGAGAAGGGGUCUUAGCGCUGUAGCAAUGGCAACUUCAGGACAGAGGAGGGCUGCAGGUGAUAUUGAGCGAGCCCAGAGGUGGAAUACAUCUGAAGCUAUGGGUGCUGCAUGGAUGGAAUGUCUGCAAUCUGCUGAUUCAAAGUCUGUGUCAGGAAGAGAUUUUUCUGCCCUUUCAUACAAAUAUGUUGCACUUCUUGUUUCCAGUUUUGCCUUAGCACGGAACUUGCAACGAGUUGAGAUGGAGAGGCAAACACAGGCUGAUAUUUUGAACCGUCGUUGUGCAUCUGUUGGAGUUCGGGCAUGGCGACGUCUUCUUCAUUGCUUGAUCGAGACAAACAGACUCUAUGGACCUUUUGGAGAACUUCUAUGUACUCCCGAUAGUAUGUUUUGGAAGUUAGAUUUUACUGAGUGUUCAUCAAGGAUGAGAAGAUUUAUGAAACGAAACUACAAUGGGUCGGAUCAUUUGGGUGCAGUUGUUAAUAUUGAGGAGCAGAAGCUUCUUUGUGAUGGCGUUGAAUCCAGUCCAUGCCACACAGAGGAAGAGAACACUCAAUUUAUAAAUGAUCUCCCAAGAAGUUCGUUGGUUAUAGUGGCUGAGGCAAUGUCAGUGGAUAUAGGACAUGAAGAUGCUGAGCAGACAGAAACUGAGACUAUUUGCAGCAGUGUAGAUGAUCAACUAAGAAAUUCCUUGCAACCUGAUCCUUUUAAAGGAUCAGUGGAUUCAAGAAGUUCAGACUUUUCUGGUGUUCGCAACUUGGUUAGAUCCACAGUAAUUGCACCUGGUUACAGAUCCGGCGAAGAAGAUAAAAGAAUUAUAAUUGAACUUCCCUCAAUAAUGGUGCGACCACUGAAGACUGUGCGGGGAACCUUCCAAGUCACAUCGAAGAGGAUUAACUUCAUAGUUGAUGAUCAUAUAAGCGAUGAUGACAGCUACAUGGAUGAUGUUGCAUCUACUAGUGGCCAAUAUGAUCAGCAAGAGAAAGAUAGGAGCUGGUUCAUAUCUUCACUGCAUCAGAUUUAUAGUAGAAGAUAUUUGUUACGUCAAAGUGCUUUGGAAUUGUUUAUGGUAGAUAGAUCAAACUUCUUCUUUGAUUUUGAGGAUACAGAAGCACGUAGACAUGCUUAUCGGGCUAUCAUUCACACCAAACCCCCUUAUUUGAGUGAUAUUUUUCUAGCUACCCAGAAACCGGAUCAAAUCCUAAAGCAGACACAAUUAAUGGAGCGUUGGGCCAAAUGGGAGAUUAGCAAUUUUGACUACUUAAUGGAACUAAAUACACUUGCUGGGCGCAGUUACAAUGACAUCACACAGUAUCCUAUCUUCCCGUGGGUAGUAUCAGAUUACCAGUCGAAAACAUUGGACCUGGAAAAUCCUUCCUCGUACCGAGAUCUUUCAAAGCCAAUUGGUGCUCUAAAUCCUGCACGUCUGAUGAAAUUCCAAGAGCAUUACUCUAGUUUCAGUGAUCCAAUUAUCCCAAGAUUCCACUACAGUUCUCACUACUCUAGUCCUAGCACGGUAUUGUACUAUCUUGCCAGGAUAGAACCUUUCACUACCCUCCAUAUUCAGCUGCAAGGUGGCAAGUUUGAUGAUGAUGAUCACAUGUUCUCUGAUAUCAUCCGAACCUGGAAUAGUGUCCUUGAAGACAUGAAUGAUGUAAAAGAGUUAGUUCCAGAGAUGUUUUACCUUCCUGAGGUAUUUACUUACGCGAAUUCUGUUGACUCCGGGAUGAGUCAUCUUAUCAAAAAGCUAGGCUCUGUACAAUUACCUCCUUGGGCUGAGAACCCUGUUGAUUUUAUACAUAAACAUCGGAAGGCUCUUGAGAGUGAUCAUGUCUCCGCUCAUUUGCAUGAAUGGAUUGAUCUAAUAUUUGGAUAUAGACAAAGAGGUAAAGAAGCAGUGAUGGCUAACAAUGUUUUUCCCUACGCUACAUAUGAGGGGACGGUAGAUACUGAUAAAAUUGCCGAUCCAGUGCAACGGCGGACUACACAAGAUCAAAUAGUGAAUUUUGGACAAACGCCAUCCCAGUUGCUGAUAGUUCCACACAUACGGAGAAGACGAUUGGCCGAUGUUUUACAGCUGCAGACAAUAUUCCGGAACCCAAGUGAAGUCAGAUCUUAUUCACUUCCUAAUCCAGAUCAGUGCAAUGUUCCUGCUAGUGCAAUUCUUGUGUCAAAUGAGUGUAUUGUAGUCGUAGAUGCAAAUGUGCCUGCAGCACAUGUGGCACUGCACCAUUGGCAGCCGAGCACUCCAGAUGACCAAGGGACACCUUUCCUAUUUCAUCACGGUAGAAAUGCCAUAAACUCAAGUGGCGGCGCAAUAAGGCGCAUCUUCAAAGGACCUGCUUCUGCAGAAGACUAUCAUUUCCCGAGGGCGAUAGCUUUUGCUGCUUCUGCAAUCCAAACGUCAUCAACUGUUGUCAUCACAUGUGACAAAGAGGUUAUAACUGGUGGGCAUGCAGAUAAUUCUGUGAAGUUGAUCUCCCCAGAUGGUGCAAGGACCAUUGAAACUGCAUCUGGGCAUAUUGCUCCUGUGACUUGUCUCGCACUAUCUCCAGAUAACAAUUAUUUUGUCACAGGAUCUCGUGAUACAACAAUUAUACUAUGGAGGAUACAUCAUAUGAGCUCUUCACAUUGGAAAAAUGCUCCAGAGCCUCCACCUUCUACACCAACAACACCAAGUAGUCCUGUAGCCAAUAGUAGCAGUAGCAGUACAAUCAGAAUUUUGGAAACCUCCAAGAAGCGGCGAAUUGAAGGUCCUAUGCAUGUUCUAAGAGGACAUCUCGGAGAAGUAACUUGUUGUUCUGUUAGUUCUGACUUGGGACUUGUUGCUUCCUCUUCACAUAUGUCUGGUGUCCUUGUACAUUCCUUGAGGACAGGUCGGCUCGUGAGGAAGCUGGAUGUGGGAGAAGCACAUCUGAUAUGUUUAUCUUCUCAAGGAAUUGUAUUGAUUUGGAAUGAACCAGAGAAAAGACUAUCCACCUUCACUGUCAAUGGAAUAUCUAUGGCUACCUCGGUUCUGUCACCUUUCUCAGGGCGUGUUAGUUGCAUUGAGGUUUCUAAGGAUGGCCAUUUCGCUUUAAUUGGAACAAGUUUAUCUGGUAGUAGAUGUGUUUGUGGUGACUGUACUGCUACUGAUGAAGAUUAUGCAAUGGAGAAGCACGGUGAUGAUGAGGAUGUAGCAGAGUCAAAGGAGAUGGGCCUAUCUGUUCAUGUGCCCUCGAUAUGCUUCAUUGAGCUACACAAACUCGAGGUAAUUCAUAUGCUGAAGCUGGGAGAAGGACAAGAUAUCACAGCUGUUGCUCUAAACGAAGACAACACUACCCUUGUUGCCUCAACAGCUAAUAAGCAGCUAACAGUCUUCACAAAUCCUUCUUUGAAUUCCAAAAUAGCUGAUCAGAUGUUGCAUGAAGGUGACGGGCUUCUGUAGCUGCGAGAAAAUCAUCGCUGACUGGAAC